UCAAAAAUGGCGGCCCCAAGGGCAUGGAGAUCCGUAUUUUGUUGGGAAAUGAUGAUUAAAAACGACACAUUACCUCGAGUGAAAUUUCUUCAUCAGCGACUGAAGCCAAAACUGGACAAAUUUAAGCAAGACAUAUCUCGUGUUCAUGCGAGUUCUCGGGUGAUUGACAGGCUAUUGUUUGACCCAUUGCAAAAAUCAAAAGUGUAUGUUUUUGCGACCCAAAAAUCAACGAUGGAUGCAUUUUUAAAACAGCGACACUUUGAAUCAGAAACGCUUUCUAAACAUCGGGAUGCAAAAUCGCUACAAAGAGCGAUGUGCAGUGAUUGCAAAGAUGGUUUGCUGGUAAUGCCCAUUUAUCUAGUGACCGAAGAAGACAUAAAGAACGGUGAAAUUGACAUUGGUGAAUUUGAAACAAACUUAUCAGAGAACUACAGAAAUUCCAUCAAAGCCAAUGCUCUUAUAAUGUUGAUGUUUUCUGUGAAUUCCAAAGAAAGAAUGCAAUUUUACAUUAGAAAAGUUAUUGAAAUAGAUUCAAGUUUACAUGGAGAGGGGGAAUGCAAAGGAAGCAAAAUAUUUCACCUAACGGACCACUUGUUUGUUGAAAUGGUAUCUAGGAAGAUUGAGAACUGGAUGUUCGAGCAACUGCGAACAACUCUCGAUAGUUUCCUUGCUCUCGUUGAAGGCGUAAAGCUACGCAUGCAGCCUGCAGUGAGUGGACUUGUUAUCUUCGACAAAUUUGAAUAUGGCGAUUUGGAGCAACAGACAAGUCACGAAGAUAUGAGAGGAUCUACCGAAAACAAAGAAGACCAGCAAGACAUCAGGUUCUUUAUAGCCCAUGUUGUUGAAAUAAUAGGCGAUAAGACAAUUCAUUCAAUUUUCAGAUGGGAAAUUAACAAACGAGAACAUGAAUGUAACGUUUAUGGUCCAUUCAUGAAGUGUAAAAGCGACAUCACAACACAUGUGUUUGGCUACUUGAAAAGUUUCAUAUCUGGUUUGCUCUGGGGAUUAGUAAGUCAAAAUUUGGAUUUGAAGAAAACUAGCCCCAAGUCAUGGUGGGAAAAGAAUGCUGGGAAAUUGAUUGAUAAUGUGAGUCACGGUGAGAUCUCUAAUGAAAUCUUACGAGAAACAGAACAAUUAGUUUCAACAAAAGAUAUCUUGAAAACCUGGAAGCCUGAGUUGGAAAAGCUUAUCGAAGGAAAUCCAUUGAAAGAUGAUAUUCCAUACGAGGCACACAUAAGUCUCUCUAGAGUUCCUGGUGUAAAAGCUUUUGGAAUUUUGAAUGAAAAAUUCACCGUAUCUGUUGAUGAGGAAACACUAAAAAACAAUUGCCAAGUUUUAAUGGACGUCAAGGAAGCCGUUGGGAAUUAUUUCGAAGUUGACGAUUCCACGCUCAGGCCAUGGAAGAAACCAGUAUUUCACUACAAAGCAGGUGCAUCUAUCAAAGGGGGGAAUGCCGGAAGGCUAACAAUUUUUACUGAGCUGUAUGGAAUCGACAAGAAAUUGGAGGAUUUGUACUUUCUUACUAGUAAACAUGUUGCCCCCGAAGGAGGUAUUUCUGUUUAUUUUGAAACCUGCAAUGAAUCACUGUAG